UGAGUACGUUUUCUUUCAUUGUUUUGUUCCUCAGACUGAUUUAUUAAGCAAGGACUAGGAGCUUGACCCCGUGAUAGUCUUGAGUGUGUUAAACCCUGAGAUGAUACAGAAAGAAUCUGGAAAUUUCUCACAAAGAUUCAGAGACCCUUCUCAAGUAGGAAUAUUAUACUUAUUCCUCUGGUCUAAUGAUAGAGUUAGUAUUAGAAUUAGGUUGAUAUUAUAAAGUAUUAGAUUGUCGCUCAUCAUAAGGAGUAAUAUCCUGAAGGUCAGACAUGUUUAAAACUCUUCCAGAAGCAAUAUGGUUAUGCUCAUUUGAGGUGGUCAUUCAUUGGCCAGUGAACUAGACCCCAGAGACCCAGCAAAUGAGCCAGAUCGGUGCCUGCUUUCAUGAAGUUUACAAUCUAGUAGCAGGGACAGAUAAUAAACAGGCAAAACAAAUGAAUUACAGAUUGUGAAAAGGGCUCGAUGGCAGUAAACAGGCUGUUGUGGUGGGGACGAAGCACAGGAUGACACCACAGUAGGAUGUUGUAAACAAAUUCCAAGUAGCAAGUUGGUAUCUGCAUCCCCAAGUAGGGUCUCUUCUAAUCCAAAGAAUCUAUGAUUAUGUGACUAUCUCCAUAUCUGGGGUGGGAAGUGACGGGUAUAUGCCUUCCACUACUCUUAGUGUGUUCUCAGAAGUCCAUUGGGCUAAAAAAGCUUUUCCAGAACUCAAGUGGUAGGGUAGAAACAGCUACCAAAAAAUGUCAGGGUUAAGUGAAUCUUCAGGAAGCAAUUGUGGUGGUAAGUAACUGGGGACGGGGCUCCUUCUGCACCUAAAAAUACCUUGACCUAUAAAGGACAUUUUUGAAGGAACAGUGCUGUCUGUUUCACCUUGCCUUCUAAUUGUAACAGGCUUUAUUAGUAUAAUUAAAACCAAAGCAAAUACAUUUAACUAUCAAAAAGAAUCAUAUUUGCUUUAAAAAAAGAAGAAGAAGAAGAAGAAGAAGAAAAGAUUACCCAAUGGUUAAAAACACAACUAUGUGCAUGAGCGUCCCAUAAGUGAUGUUUUUUUAGUAUCUGUUCUCAAGUUGGGAUUUUUAAAGAAAGAAUAUAUAUCAUUUGUAAUUUUAAAAAAUAACUUCAAACCCCCCAACUUAUUUUAACAUUACCCCAAUUUUGAUUGAAUUGGAUGCUUGGCAGGCAAAAGUCUAAAUUAUUUUUCUGAAGUUCAGCUAAAAUCUAACCUCAGCAUCGUGGAGAUGAGGAGAUCACAAGACCAAAAACAGAAACAUACCAAAAUCCCAGCGUCUAAUUAUUUACUUUCGGGAUAUUUUCAUUCCAGACAUAUUCCUGAUAUGGAAAUGUUGAUGGGAGAAAGGAGAAAGGCAGAAGACUGUCCUACCUAGAUCUUAACAACAGCAUUUAAAAUCACCCUAAGAGUGAUUUGCAUGGUCUCAUUCUCUCUACCUGUCAUCUUCCUGUGUGGUUCGAAGUGGUUUAUGUAAUAAGAUGGGGGCCACAGCCUAAGGUUAUACAGGAAAGUGUUAAAAAUGAGAGGUCACACAUGUUAUCUUCACUUACAGAAAUGUGCAUUUAUUACCAAUACUCUGAUUUAAGACCAGGGCCCUCAUUAGGGAAGUGAAUGGAGUUCACAUCAUCUUUCUUGCAUGAAGCACAGCUAUCAUACGUCAUCUACAAUUUCCAUUUAGGGUGGAAAAAACAACAUAAAGACACUUGAAAAGCAAUCUGAGUUGGAAAAUCCUAGAUUUUAUAAUUUUUCCCAAAUAUUUUAGUUGUUAAUUGCCCUAAUUUGACAGUGACUUAUUCUGUAAUAACCCACCUUUAUCAAAUCAUUCCAAAGGCUUUAACUUAGGUUCCCAAGAAAUAGUCUUAUUUUUGAAGUUUAUCAUUUUCCUAUAAGAUGUAGUUAAAUUAUGUGUUGACAGCAGAUAUGAAAUGAUAUGAACUGUUUUGUGGACCAUCAAGGUUGAGUUUUGGUAAGCAUGUAAUUCAGCUGGUGGAAGGAGAAGCACUCGGAUGUGCUGGGGAGUAAUUCACGGGCCAUGGGCUUUUGGUGUGCUUUGGGCUUCAGCCAGGACAUUGUACCCACUAAAAAGAGAACAUCAGUUAAUCCUGAGAUUAUUUAUGGGGAUUUUCAUUAAAAGACCUUCUGCUAUAUAAUUUAACUGGCAGGCAACUGUCAACUCAGAAUUUGGGGUUAACAUCUCACCAUGUUUUUAAUCACUUCUAAACAUUAUUUAGAACAAUGUAAUAAAAUGUUAAUGAGAGGUACCAGAAGCCAAGUCAUUGACACAGUUACCCAGAUGAAUGAGCUAGGAUACUUACGUUACUUUUGCAUUUGUUGUACAACUUCCUGUUUGCAAGUAGAUGAGCCGAGCCUUCUUUAUGACCAUUGACAUCUAUCUUUAUGACAUAGGACUAUGUAAUUGAAUGUUCCAAGGUUAUAUACCCAGAAAUAAACCCAGAUUCUUAGUGAGGAUGAUUGAGACACACAAGGAUCAACCCAAGAAUUUGAUUCUGGCUCUUCCUUUGGCUCCUGCAGAGAAGUUUUAGGAUCUAACUAAAAACAUUUGCAGAACCAUCCCUGCAGGCUACUCAGAUGAAGUUGAAAAGAGCUCGACUAGCGGAUGAUCUGAAUGAAAAGAUUGCUCAAAGACCUGGUCCUAUGGAGCUGGUAGAGAAAAACAUCCUUCCUGUAGACUCCAGUGUUAAGGAAGCAAUUAUAGGCGUUGGGAAGGAGGACUAUCCUCAAACUCAGGGCGAUUUCUCAUUUGACGAAGACAGCAGUGAUGCUCUGUCUCCAGACCAGCCAGCCAGCCAGGACUCGCAGGGGUCCGCCGCUUCCCCGACUGAGGCAAAAGUUAGUGAAUCGCCGUCUCCCGUGACUACAAGCACUCCAGCCCAGCAGUUUACUUCAGUGUCCCCAGCAGUUCCUGAAUUCUUGAAAACUCCUGCUCCGGAUCAGCCCCCGACCAGGUCCCCCGCUGCUGUGCUCCCCACAAACACCGUGUCCUCAGCAAAGCCUGGCCCGUCGCUGGUGAAGCAAAGCCAUCCCAAGAACCCUAACGACAAACACCGGGGCAAGAAGUGCAAAGAUCCCAAGCCGCGGGUGAAGAAACUCAAGUACCACCAGUACAUCCCGCCCGACCAGAAGGGGGAGAAGAGCGAGCCCCAGAUGGACUCCAACUACGCCCGCCUCCUCCAGCAGCAGCAGCUGUUCCUGCAGCUCCAGAUCCUGAGCCAGCAGCAGCAGCACUACAACUACCAGACCAUCCUGCCCGCGCCGCUCAAGCCACUCAAUGACAAAAAUAACAACAGUGGGAAUUCAGCUCUGAACAGCACCACGCCUAAUACACCAAGACAGAAUCCAUCUGCUUCCGUGAGAAAGCCGGGGCCCCUGCCUUCUAGCCUGGAUGACUUAAAGGUGUCGGAACUGAAGACAGAGCUGAAGUUACGGGGUCUUCCGGUGUCGGGCACCAAACCGGACCUCAUCGAACGCCUGAAGCCCUACCAGGAAGUGAACAGCAGCGCUGUUGCUGCCGGCGGCGUCCUGGCGGUGCCAGCGUCUGCCAUCGUCGCCAGCAACCCAGAAGUCACCGUGGCGCUGCCGGUGACAACGCUGCACAACUCCGUGACGAGCUCGGGCCCCUCUUUCAAGGCAGAGCUGCCGCCUGCCGGAAGCAGCAACGUCGCCCACGCCGAGAGCGUCAGCUCCCCCCUGCCCAUCUCGCCUUCCCCCUCCGAGCAGUCCAGUCUCGGGACCGAGGACACAAGCAUGGCAGACACGUUCACCGAGAUCAUGACCAUGAUGUCUCCCGCGCAGUUCCUGUGCUCGUCGCCGCUGAGAGUGACGGGCAGCGAGGACAGCCCGAGUCCCGCCAGCAGCACGCUGUCGAGUCUGGAACUGGACGCGGCCGAGAAGGACCGCAAGCUGCAGGAGAAAGAGAAGCAGAUCGAGGAGCUAAAGAGGAAACUGGAACAGGAGCAGAAGCUCGUGGAAGUUCUGAAAAUGCAGCUUGAGGUUGAAAAGCGAGGGCAGCGGCAGCAGCAGCCGCUGGAACCCCAGCCCGGCGCCGCGGCCAGCUCGGCCGGCAAGUUAGAUCCGAAGCAUGGCGGCGUGGGCUCCCCCGUCAAGGACGAGACCGCGCUGCCCGACUGCUCCAGCCCCAGGCGGCCUGGCCCGCUGGCCAGCCAUCCCGUGGGCCAGCCCGUCUCGGCGGGCGGCCAGACCCUGGUUGCCAAAAAGGCCGUAGUGAUCAAGCAGGAGGUCCCCGUGGCCCAGGCCGAGCAGCAGAGCGUCGUCCCACAGUUUUACGUGAGUUCCCAGGGACAGCCGCCGCCUGCCGUUGUCGCUCAGCCUCAGGCUUUACUGACCACACAAACCGCUCAGCUGCUGCUGCCGCUGUCCAUCCAGGGCUCCAAUGUCACCUCAGUGCAACUCCCAGUAGGCAGCCUCAGACUCCAGACUCCACCACAAGCAGGAAUCCAGACUCAGACUCAGCCGCAGACAGCAGCCACCACCCUGUCCUCAGGCUUAGCCCAGACCGUACCUCAGAAGCAAGAAGCUUUCACGCCACAUGUGCUCAGUCAGCCUCAGCAAGUUAGAAAGGUUUUCACGAACUCGGCAUCAAAUUCGGUUCUUCCGUAUGAGAGACCACCUGCUCCAGCGGUCCAGCAGCCCUUUGUGAACAAGACCUCCACCAGUGUUCUUCAGUCCAGAAGCGCACCACUUGCCUCCCUGCAGAAUGGACCUACCGCUUCCAACAAGCCUAGUUCGCCCCCUCCACCCCAGCAGUGCGUCGUCCAGCACUCCCUGUUUGGGAGCCCGGUCCCCAAGACAAAAGACCCUCCCCGCUACGAGGAGGCCAUCAAGCAGACACGUGGCGCCCCGUCCUCCCUUCCAGAGAUUUCCAGUGCACACAGUCAGCAGAUGGACGACCUCUUUGAUAUCCUUAUCAAGAGUGGAGAGAUUUCCCUCCCUAUAAAAGAAGAGCCUUCUCCCAUUUCCAAAAUGAGACCAGUGACAGCCAGCAUCACCACAAUGCCGGUCAACACGGUGGUGUCCCGGCCCCCGCCCCAAGUCCAAAUGGCACCACCCGUCUCCUUAGAACCCCUGAGCAGUUUAUCUGCCAGCUUAGAGAACCAGCUAGAAGCUUUCUUGGAUGGAACUUUACCUUCGGCCAACGAAAUUGUUCCCCUGCAAAGCAGCAGUGAAGACAGAGAGCCCUUCUCUCUGAUCGAGGACCUCCAGAAUGACUUGCUGAGUCACUCAAGUGUGCUGGACCAUUCACACUCACCCAUGGAGACUGCUGAAGCCCAGUUUGCUGCAAGUACCCCCUGUCUGUCACUUGACCUCUCUGACUCAAACUUAGACAACAUGGAGUGGCUGGACAUUACCAUGCCCAACACGUCGGGACUCACUCCCCUCAGCGCCACCGCUCCCAGCAUGUUCUCCACUGACUUUCUAGAUCCACAAGACCUGCCGUUGCCAUGGGACUAACAUCACAGAUUUCUCGUCCGAGUUCCUGACGUCUAAGAAGAUGAAGAUCGUUCUGAAGAGGGCAGUUUUUAGAGACAGAUCCAUAGCGGCGGUGUUGCAAUUAAAAUAUGUUGUCAUAGAAAGGGUGGCUAGAUGGUCACAGCCUGGAAACCAAGUGUGAAAACAUGUCAUUGCAUCCGGCGGUGAAUUUCUACAAUUUAACAUAGCACGGGGCCUUCUGAAAAAAAUCACUGGUCAAAGAA